AUGUCUUUUCUUCGCAGAAGAAAACAAACCACGACCUCGGAGACCAAUGAUUCAGAGCCAAAUAUAAUCGAAGAAGAUGAUAAGAAGAAACAAAUAGCUGGAAAGGACAAAAAAGCCCCUGAAAAUGAGAAAACGCGGCAGAAGAAAUGGUCGUGCAUCGAUUCGUGUUGUUGGCUUAUUGGUUGCAUAUGCGUGACGUGGUGGCUUCUAUUGUUUUUGUACAACGCCAUGCCGGCGUCGUUUAAUCAAUUCGUUACGGAGGCCAUAACGGGGCCGGUGCCGGACCCACCGGGUGUGAAACUGGUGAAGGAGGGGUUGAAGGUGAAGCAUCCGGUGGUUUUCGUGCCCGGAAUCGUGACGGGUGGGUUGGAGUUGUGGGAAGGCCACCCUUGUGCUGAAGGGCUGUUCAGGAAACGCUUGUGGGGUGGCACUUUUGGCGAGGUCUAUAAGAGACCUCUAUGUUGGGCGGAGCACAUGUCAAUGGAUAAUGAAACUGGACUAGAUCCUCCUGGCAUAAGGGUCAGAGCCGUCACUGGACUUGUGGCUGCUGAUUAUUUUGCUCCAGGUUAUUUUGUUUGGGCAGUUAUGAUUGCUAACUUGGCACGACUUGGAUAUGAGGAGAAAAACAUGUAUAUGGCUUCGUAUGAUUGGAGAAUCUCAUAUCAAAACACUGAAGUAAGGGACCGAUCACUAAGCCGCAUGAAAAGUAAUAUAGAAUUGAUGGUAUCGACAAAUGGGGGGAACAAGGCAGUUAUUAUUCCUCAUUCUAUGGGUGUUUUGUAUUUCUUGCAUUUUAUGAAGUGGGUUGAGGCACCAGCUCCAAUGGGUGGUGGCGGCGGACCUGAUUGGUGUGCUAAGCAUAUAAAGGCAGUGAUGAACAUUGGUGGACCAUUUUUAGGUGUUCCAAAAUCUAUAGCUGGGCUAUUAUCUGCUGAAGCCAAAGAUAUUGCAGUUGUCAGGGCCAUUACACCAGGCGUUUUGGACAAUGAUAUAUUUCGCCUUCAAACAUUACAACGUGUAAUGCAGAUGUCACGCACAUGGGAUUCAACCAUGUCAAUGAUACCAAAAGGUGGGGACACUAUAUGGGGUGAUCUUGACUGGUCACCUGAAGAAGACUAUGCUCCUAGCAUAAGAAAGCAAAAGAAAAUUGACACCCAUGUUGUGAAUAAAGACGAGAAUGGAAGCAUGGCAUCUCAAAGAAAGCUUAAAAACUAUGGAAGGAUUAUAUCUUUCGGGAAGGAUGUAGCAUUUGCACCUUCAUCUGAGAUUGAAAGAAUUGAUUUUAGGGGAGCUUAUAAGGGUUGUAGUGUUGCAAAUAGUACCUGUCGUGAUGUGUGGACGGAAUACCAUGAAAUGGGAAUUGAAGGUAUCAAAGCUGUAGCUGAAUAUAAAGUUUACACAGCUGGAUCACUUGUAGAUCUGCUAGAGUUUGUUGCUCCAAAAAUGAUGGCACGUGGUAGUGCUCAUUUCUCGUAUGGGAUUGCUGACAAUUUGGAUGACCCAAAAUACCAGCACUACAAAUACUGGUCAAAUCCCUUGGAGACAAAGUUACCGAAUGCUCCAGAUAUGGAAAUCUUUUCUCUCUAUGGAUCUGGCUUACCAACUGAAAGAGGUUAUAUUUACAAGUUCUCUUCUUCUGCCGACUGCUACAUUCCAUUUCAGAUCGAUACUUCAGCUGAUGAUGAAGAUGAAGAUGGUUGUCUUCAAGAUGGAGUCUAUACUGUUGACGGGGAUCAGACUGUACCUGUUUUAAGUGCAGGAUACAUGUGCGCUAAAGGUUGGCGCGGAAAAACCAGAUUUAAUCCUUCAGGAAUUCGGACAUUCAUUAGAGAGUAUGAUCAUUCCCCUCCAGCCAAUCUGUUGGAAGGUCGGGGCACUCUAAGUGGUGAUCAUGUCGAUAUAAUGGGAAAUUUUGGGCUAAUCGAGGAUAUUCUAAGGGUGGCAGCUGGAGCUACAGGAGAAGAAUUGGGAGGUGAUCAAGUUCACUCUGACAUCUUCAAGUGGUCCGAGAAGAUCAAAUUGCAACUGUAAUUUCAAGGGCUUGGAACUAUUGACUGCAAUUGUUUUUUUGGUGGAAAUGGCCUUCUCCAGACAAGUGCUUUAUCUGCACGGAUGCUCGACGACUAGUUAUCAGAUUUCAUCAUGUAAACUUUGUUAUAGUUCUAUUUUGUCCCGAUCGCCUGUCUUAUGGAUUCUUCUUCGUCUUCCACUGUUUGGUUCCUGGGAAAAAAAAAACUUAUAUUCUUUAUAGCUUGUUAUUCCACAAGCUUAAAAAAACAAGGAUUGAACACUCCUGUGGCUCUGGGUUGAUUUCUUGACAGUGUUUUAGCCUUUGGCCUUCUGUAACCUAUGUAAUCGUUUGAAUCAGCAAUAUGCUUGUAAUUACGCAACUUCUUGUUUGAUAUCGUGAUCGUUCUAUCUUAUUGACUCGAUAAUAUUAUCAAAUCAGCUUUCACUUU